ACCAGACUAAUGGCCCACUUUAGGUAUUAUUAGACUUGAGGGGUCAUCACGCUCAAGACUAGCUUCACGAUAAAUUAAUGAUGUAAAUCAAUCCACUAACUUCUUAGACUUUGUAGUGCUGGUUUUCCAAGAGAAAAGUGGUCUCUUUUCACCUUUUCGCUUUUAAGUUUUAUAAUCCAAAGCACUGACGACGACAUUUGUAAAGUUUAUACACUUGUGAGUGCCAAAAAGACUUGGGAAUUUCACAAGAAAGGAAACAUCAGACAUGGGACUCAUGCUCCUGAAGAAGAUUAGUCUUCUGUUUCUCCUCCUCUCAGCUUCUCUUUUAUCAACUUCUCUGGCAGGCCGACGGUCCAAGAUCAUGUUGGCCGAGGGAGUGAAUCAAAAUGCUGCUCCUUAUGAGGAGGGAUCACAGGAUGAAGAUGAGGCAACUGCUGUUCAUGGAAGGAUUCUGAAAGUGAGCACCAACGACUAUGGCAAGUACGAUGCUGCGCCAGCACUUGUUAGGCCCCCUUACAAGCUCAUUCCCAACUGAGAGCCGGCGCCUGUUUUGUGCAAAAUCAAUAAGCUGUGACGUGUAAGAAUUUACCUAAUUAUGGAUAAUGUAAACCUUAAUAUCUAUAUAUAUACAUAUAUAUAUAUAUACACAUGUAAUAGAGAAUCUUGUACUAUUGUAUAAUAUGGUGGUCAUAAUGAGUGCGUAGUUAAAUUUUGAAUCUUCAUUAUAUAGG